AGCUGUCAGUUGAAUUUUCUCCGAAUCCGAUCCGAACUUUGCGAAAGGAAAAUAAUCGCCGUGCGUGUUACCAUUUCGCUAUUCGGUAAAAGCACCAUUAAUUUACUUUGAUUCGCGAGCCAUUUCACUUUUCCGUGCGAUAGUAUUGCUGCAGGUGAACUGGAGAAGGCCCACAGUGCGUUAUUGUACGGUUCGUACUAAUCGUGGUUUCGCCAUUGGCAAGAAAAAAAGUUUUCCGAUUUCCGCGAAAUACUUUUUGACCAACAUUCGGAACAGCGAAACGAUAAAUAUUUUCGCAGUUAUAAACUGAAACCCGGAUUGCUCGGGCUACCUGUUGGGCACGGUUGAGUACAGUUCUUGUUUUGUGUCCGUCCCGAGCAAAUUUGUGAUUGAAUUGUGAUAACGCGAGAAAACAAAAAAGUUUGCGCAACCAAUCGAAUUGAAUCCAGGAUAGGACGGGAUUAACAAUAGUGACGUUGUGAGGAUCCGAAUAAAAUGUCAGAAAAACCUACACAAAAGCUGUCGGAAUCGGAUGACCUCACCGAUAAUUCAGCGGAUAACGCCAACGAUGCCGCCAGAGAGGAUACCUCUCAACAGAGUGGUCUGGCCACAGUAGAGUCCGAGUACGACACGGCAUCCGACUCGCCUUCGGAUGGAGAAGAGUAUGACGAUCAGGAGGAGGACAGUGAAAGUGGUGAGGAAGAGGAACUAGCCGGCAGUGAAGGUGAAGAUGAGGACGAGGAAGAGGAAGGUGACGAUGGAUCUGAUGACGAUGUGAUCGAAGUGCUGGACUAUGAGCGCCAAAGUGGCGAUGGUCAGGAGCAGGAAGCGGACAGCAAGCGGAAGGUGGACGACGACGAGGAUCGUAGCAAUCCGCAGUAUAUCCCGAAAAAAGGCACAUUUUACGAACACGAUGAUCGUACAGUGGAAGACGAAGACGAGGGAAAGGAUGCAGAUGAUGAAAAUGCUAAAAAUGAUGACGCUUCCGGUAUAGGUGGAGAGCGCAAAGGAGUUGAUAAAAAUGCAGCAUCAAAGACAAUGAAAAAGUGGCAGGCCUCAGCGGACCGUUGGACGCAUGAUAGGUUCGAUGAGAGCGAGCAGGCUCCAAAGUCCAGAGCGGAGUUGGUGUCCGCCUACGGAUAUGAUAUACGUAGCGAAGAUGGCCCACCGCGUGCACGAAGGCGGAGACGUUAUGCUCGAGGUCCUAACAAAUACACUAGAAAUUGGGAGGAUGAAGAUGCCUAUUCGAAGUCAAAUAACAAUCCUGAACAUAACCGCUUGCGGAAAGUACCGCGACCAGAAGAAUUUCCAGAGCUUGAAACCAAUAGCAGUGGAAAAAUACGAAGCUCGCAAAGUUCGCGACGAGCUAGCAAAACAGGUAGAUCAUCAGUUAACGAUCGGUUGGAAGAUAGAAACAGUGCACGUCAGCGUACAGAACGUCGCACAAGUGAGCGUGCUCGAGCAAGCAACAACAGCAGCCGCAGUGGACUAGACCGAGAUCGUGGUAUUGAGAGAGACCGUGGUACAGAUCGGUAUGAUCAGCGAACAGAUCGAAUGGAAAGAGAGCGGGAUCGCGACCGUAAUUGGGACCGGGAACGAGAAUAUGAUCAAUAUGAACAAAACAACUACCGUGACGCUAGGGCGGACGGAAGCCGGUAUAGUGCCGAACGAGUCAACAACGUUAAUAAUUAUCACAACAAGGAAAACAAAAUUAAUAAUCGCGGAAGUAAAGAAAAAGAUAGACGAGGACCUGAUUAUAAGGUUAUCACCUCGCUCCAGUUUAAAAAUCAAACAAGAAAUAAAAAUGUUGAGCCUGGCAUGCCCUUACCUGGUGGUGGUGCUGCUGGUCAGGUUGUCCACAGCAAUAGCGUGGGUGCUCUAUCCGGUAGCAGUAACAGUAAUAAGAUGAACAAUGCGAUGGAAAGAGUUCAAACUGGGCCGGAUCGUAUACUCGAUCAACGGGCGAUUCAACAUCACUACCAAAAUCAACCUCCGCAGUUGAUUCAGCAGCAACAUACUCAACAAUCGCAACAGUCGCAGCAGCAGCCACCGCAGUUGCCUCACGCUCAAAUGGUAUCUGCCCAAUCCCAGGUUCAGCAAACUCAUUCUCAAGCUGCGCCACAGCCAAUCCAACAGCAUCAUCAACAGGCUGCAUAUGUCAACGACGAUCACUACGAUUCUUACAAUGAAUCGAAGAUGCCAAAGGACGCUAAAUUCCCAUACAAUCCACCUGCCAACGCUACCAUUCAAUCAGUCGAAAUUGGCCAAACUGACAUUGCCAAAUAUCCGCCCCCGGCUGUGCAGAGAACUAGCAAAGAUCGCCAGCAGGUGUUGCCUUCGACUGCCACAAGUGUAGCAAUGAAUACUCGGUCUCAGAUAUCGCCUCGGCAGAUUGUUUCAACACAAGCGAGUCAGUUAACUACGAUUUCAGCGACCCAACAGCAACAAUUAGCCCACCAGCAGCAACAGCUUCAGCAACAACAGCAACAGUCUCAACAGCAAUAUCAACAGCUUCAACAGCAAGCACAAUAUCAACAGCAACUGCACUCAUUGGCUAGUCAAUCGGCACCUCCCGCGGUUUCACAGACCCCACAAACUCAAGGUCCACCGCCUCAGCUACCCCAACCACAACAACAAGCGCAACUUGCGCAAACUGCUGCGUCUCAAAUGCACAACGUUCAUCUGGGCGGAACUCUACCGACCACAACCGUCAACCAGCAGCAGAUGUUGCCCAGUGACAGUAGCUCCCGGUCUGCAAAACGAUAUUCCAGUCUCCGUCAGCGAUCAACACUGGAAAAUCCAAACGUUGUUGUUGUUCAGUCUCCGCUACAUGAGCAGCAGCAACAGCAACUGAUACAGCAGCAACAACAACAGCAGUUAUUACUUCAACAGGAGUUACAACACCAACAACAGCAAAAGCUUGGUACACAAGCACCAAAGCCAGGUUAUCAAAUAAAUCAACCACCGCAACCAACCUCGUUGCCGCUGACCCUGCAAAACGAUUAUCUCGUCCAAAGCAGUAGUCAACCGAGCACUGCAAGCAAACCACAGUCGGCGACCCAGGCUCCUGUCCAAUAUCAGCAUGCGGCUGCUUACUACACGGCUACGACACCCGCUGGAGCUGAUUUCGUCACCGGUACACCGUCACAGCCGGUGCAAGUUCAACAGCAGCCGCCGGUACCUUCAGUACCAGUGGUUCCCGCGCAGCAAAAUCCAAUACUAUCUGCCGCACAAUAUCCGCAGUACAACCAACCGAGCUCCAGUUCUCAUCAGUACAUCCAAGCUCCACCUCCUGCGGCGUACAUACCACAGACAACAGCAACACCACAGGCAACCCCGCAACCUGCAGCGGCCGCCCCACCUCCUCAAAUACUGAAUUAUGUUCCCUCUAUCACACCCACAACUCCAGCGCAGUAUCCUGCUACACCAUACACUGGGUAUCAAAAUUACAAUUCGGUCGUACCUCAGCCGGUUGCACCAGCUGUACCGCAUACCCCAUCCCCAUCAGCAGCUACGGCAGCUCUCUAUCAGUCCAGCGGAGGAAUAACCUACUACGCUCCACAAUCGCAAACCCAAGCUCCUAGACCACUACCGUCGCAACGACGGCCGACUAGUGCAAUUCCAAUUCUAGCGCCACCUGAUCGGAAAGCGAAAAACAAUCGUUCCGGAGCGGAUGCAUCCGCGAAUAGUGGAAACGAGAACGAAGACAACGGAGGCGUAACGGUAAGCAGCAGCGGUGGAAUGACCGGUACCACCGUUACUAGUACUGGCGGUACGGCCAGUGCACCGAUCAGCAGUGAUAUCGAUCACAUACUUGAUAACAUGUUUGUACAACGAGCACCGUACCAGCCACCGGCUCGUAAGAGUCCUUCACCUGCACCCGCACCCGGAUCAACAACGGUCGCUGCGAGCGGCAUUACUGGGGGUGGCGCAAACAAGCCCGAAAGCGGUACGCUGUCGGAUGGCGCCAAGGAGCUCGAUAAGGAGUCUAUCGAUAAAAUUGGCGAGUCAGUGCAGAAAUUGACUAUUCAAGAGGAAAAGCUGUCCAUAGUGGAUGCUCUAGCAGCCGGCGGACAGAGCGAGAAGCUUGAAGUUACACCUGCAGCUGCCAUCGAUUCCACGGCUGGUUGACGCUACUAAUCGGUGCGUGCUGGUGCCUGUGCAGGACACCAUCAAUUGUGUGCAAACUCUAGGACUAUUUUGGGUUACUGCUAAGCUUUCGCCGUCGUCUUCUGAAGACGGUGGCUGUACCAGUGUGGUAAUGUAAUUGCACCUAGCGCAAAGCAUGAAUGAUACAUUUAACUAACCGCCACUUCAGUGGGCGGGUUUCCCUUUUUCCACACACACACACACUAUUCAACCGUUUCUACAAUACGAUGAAUCAAUGUAUGAUAGCGUUAGUACUAUGCUCCGCACUAUUUUCUUUUUUGACCGUGUCAAAUACAAGAGGGGUAGACGAUAGAUUUGUUUUCCGCAGAAUUUUAUUUGUACUGGGAUAAACGAACAAAGAGAAAGAAAUGUUUCUGGUGCUUGAGCGCCACAGUGUGAUCUAACAAGUUGGAUUGUUUUUUGUACUACAGUGUAGAGAUGGUCGGGUAUGGGAAAUUUGUUACCCGUACCCGACCCGUACCCGACUAAUCGAAAAUUUUCAAACCCGUACCCGACCCGAACCCGUAGUAUGGUUUAUUUAAAAUACCCGUACCCGACCCGAACCCGAAAAAUAUCUAUUCCAACUACCCGUACCGGACCCGUACCCGAAAGAAAACAACGCCGAAAUUGCUUGAACCCGACCCGUCCUGGACUUUUUUUUUAAAUACCUGGGUACCUCGCACGUUAUAUGCACUAAUUGUCAUAUGUGGUUUCUCGAGAUGAUGGCCGGAGUUAGACAAAAACCGAGUGUGAAUGUGAACGCAUGUUAAUGAACCCAGAGGACAGGCGGAUGGUCCACUAUAAGGAAGAGGUCCACUAUGAAAAGUGCAUGGCUGGUAAAGUUAAAAAAACGACGAGUUUUAUGUGAACAUCGCAGCAACCUGAAAUCUUAAUAUUAUAAUAAAGUCAAAGUUAAUAUUGUUUAUAACUUGAGAAAAAUUUAAUAAUUCAUUUGCAUUUGCCAAAAACCUGUAAUUUUUUAGUACAGAUUCGGUGUCAUCGAUUCAAUCUAAAAAUCGGUAUAACACAGAUAUUUCUGUACAUCCCUGGUCACAGUGCAAACAAAGACUAUGCUAUCGCUGUCAAAUCUCAUAUACAUAUUUGCUUCGUGCCAAACAUCUCAAUGCACAGUAGGGAAUCGGUGGCCAUCCGCCUGAAAUUUUUUUACGUCAGCUGUUUCAUAAUAUUUUUCCUUUAUUGCUAUAACAUUCAAGUGCCUGAAUCCAAAAUGUAGGUGCAAUAUCAUGAGAUCUGUUUUUUUAUGACUUUUCGAAGUUUGGCAUACUGACGUUUUUUGACAUAUGUUUUAAAAAAAAAUUCAUUACAUACUUUGAAACAGCUUCAAUGAUAGCUUGGAUUUUUUUGGUGUCAAAGAAAAAGUUGAUUCGUAGUUAGUUUGUAUUACCUAUUUUGUUUUAAUUUAAAAAAAAAAAUUUCCGCAAAAUUUGGUUAAUUUGAGGGGUUGUGCAAAAGCUACGUAAUUUGUUUCUGUGAGGACAACGCCCUGUGGCUAAGGGGAAAAGUGCCAAAAUCAUUAAUAAUUAGGUCACGUGCUUUAUGGACGGCCCCAAAUAAAAAAUGGAAUGGAGAUUGGUGUUCAGCACCCCACAAUUAAGUAAAUACCAUACAUUUAUCGACACUAAUCGAUUAUCGACACUAAGAAAACACCUAGGUUUGACAUGUUAAAAAUUAAAUUCUCAUAAUGCACGAAAAUCAAAUUACCCGUACCCGACCCGUACCCGACCAAUUGAGAGUUUUUCAAAACCGUACCCGACCCGAACCCGAAGCCUUGGUUUUUAAAUUACCCGUACCCGACCCGAGCCCGUAAAAUAUUUUUUCACGUUACCCGAAACCCGACCCGAACCCGUCGGGUACGGGUUUCGGGUAAAAAUACCCGUACCCGACCAUCUCUACUACAGUGUACCGGACUGUAAGUUUGUAGCACUCCGACAACUUUGAACUUUAGUCUAGCAUUUAGGAUGAGAUGUUUUAAUACAACUAAUGUAGCGUACUAUCUGCAAUGGUGGAUGGAAUAAAUUGUUAAUCAUAUGUGAAAUUACCCUUCGGUAUUUUGCCCAUGCUGCCGAUCUGAUAUUUUUUUCGUGUAUAAUUAGUUUGGUUUGCGCUUAGGGAUGAAACACACAUAAAUUGUAUGUUUGAUAACUUCUACCCCCUAUCUGAGACACAUUAGUUAGCAACGUUGAUCUACAAUGCACCCGCUUAGAUUGAGUUCCAUAGCUCGUACUUUCUUGUCGACAGAAGGGUUGGUCAAAGUUUGAGAUUUAGCAUGUUAAAAACGUGUGUAGUUUUGCAUGAUAGCAGAGACUGCCAGAGACAAAAAUGUUGCAGUUCACUAACAAGAUUUUGGAACAUUGAUAACUAGAAACUGUAUGAUCUAUAGCGGUAAACAUAAUUGCAAGCAAAUGGAUUGUAUUUAUAAUUUAAAUUUAAACGAUAAGCAUAUAAAGUCUAUAGGCAGUAAAAUGGAAAACAAAUAAAAAAUAUGUUUGAAAUACUUCAAAACUC